AUGUAUUGUGCGGUGAAGCCCUUUACUUCUGAGUGGUUACCCUGUUAUUAUUUACCUCCCCAAUCAACCUCCGCACCUGACAAUGCAACACCCCAAUCGACCAAAAAUAAUGCUCACAGUCCCCCAAAUAGUCGCGAAGGUAUCCAGCGACUCUCAGUCCUCAUACUCGCCAAUCGCCUCGAUAUGUUCACCAAGCUCAUAGCAACCGACCACCUAAACUUGCAGGGCGCCGACCGAGAAAAUAGCACAACCCUGCAUGAGGGUAGGAAUGCAGCGAUUCCCUUCCCCGAAACCCUCCUCGCAAGGCGAGACAAUGACAUCAACCUCUACGUCGCGGCAGCUGUGUCUACCGACCCAGCCGUCAUCCACUUACUGCUCGAGGGCCCGCGCGUGGAUGGCCCCGCACGUAGCGGUAACCGGCGGUAACCACGUGAGUGUGGAAACCCUCCUAACAGACUUGGGGAACCGGUUCUCAAGGUCACACCUGUUCAAAAGCCGGAGGAGGUGGACGGCACGACGGCCCUGCACCUUGCAACAUUUUCGCUCCCUCUACAACAUCGUGCUCUGCCUUUUUGCCGAGUCGGAGAUCAACGACCUGCCCAUCGACGAUGGGGGCCGCACCCAGCUAUACCUAGCCGUGGAAGCCGGCAACUCGGUCAUCGCCCGCGUCUACUGAAGCACUACGCCUGCCGUCCAGCCUCCCUCCCUCCUCGAUCGCAAAGACUAUGCCGGACGGACUCCUUGCGCCUUGUAGCCCGUCACAUGGACCACCUCUCCAUUGGCGAACUGCUGCGUAAAGACCGCUUCGGCAUCGACUCUUACCACAUAGGCGACCAGAUACCCCCGCCGCACAUCGCCGCGGUGGCCGGUAGGGGGGUGAGCGGUGAGUGGGGAGAUAUGGACAUUUCUGCGCCGGCCCGGGGCGUGGGUCAUGAGGUGGAGGUUCUGCCCGGUGCAUCGUGCGUUCGCUAUUUGCCGGGCAUGUGAGGCCUGAAGCCGGAGUCGGGAUCUGGAUGUGA